GUUCCGCCUGCGUGCUCUCCAUCCCCUCCACCCACCUGUCCCGUGCCCGCAGGCCCUCUCACGGUGCUUCUGUGGUCAGCCGCCCGACGCUCUCCGGGCCGGCCCUGAGCGUGGUGCUGCCCGCGCUCCGAUCUGGUGGCUUCGCCCCGCCUUGCCAGCGCAUCCGGGGGACAUGGCGUCGCUGAAGGCCUGGCUGGCCGCCCAUCCGAGCCGGCGGCCGCGCUGUGUGCUCGGCAAGACGGAGGGGAACGGCUGCGUCAACGACUUCACCCGCGCGUACGCGUCCAGCGCCGUCGAGGCCGCGCUGGGCGAACGGCGCGGCGACGCCUCCGUGAUCAUGUCUGGCGGGACAGAGGGAGUGCUGACGCCGCACCUGCUCGUGUUCGCGGACGGCGCGGACGGCGGUGGCACAGCCGCGGCGCUGGCGACGGGGGAAGGUCGGCUGAGCCUCGGCGUCGCGCGCACGCGGGAGUUCGCGCCUCACGAGAUCGGUCGGCGGGCACAGGCUGAAGCGACGCGCGACGCGGUCGUCGAGGCCUGCCGCGACGCCCAGCUGCAGCCGGCCGACUUGUGCUUCGCGCAGGUCAAGUGCCCGCUGCUGACGCCGGAGCGCGUGGCCGCGGCGGCGCCCAUGGCGUGCGUGACCGAGGACGGCUAUCGGUCGAUGGCGCUCAGCCGCGGGGUGUCGGCCCUCGGCGUGGCCCUGGCGACGGGCGAGCUGCUGGCGGGCAGCCUCGGCGCGGCGCUGGAUGCGCUCUGCACUCCGACGGACGAGUACCGGUCCCGCGUGGCCAGCGCGUCGGCCGGGAUCGAGCUGAUGCAUUCGGAGGUCUUCGUGCUUGGCAAUGCUGCCGGUAGCCGCUCGCGGCUGCGCGCCGCGCACUGCGAGAUGGCGGAUGCGCUCGACGGGCCAGCGGUGCUGCGGAUGCUGGCCACGGCCGGACUCGAGACCUCGGGCGGCCAGCUGACGCCCAUGGCGCAGGCGCGGGUGCGGGCGGUGCUGGCGAAGGCGGACCCGGCCGCCCGUGUCCGCGGCCACCGGACGACGAUGUGCGCAGACUCGGACAUCCACGCCACCCGGCACAGCCGGGCGGCGGUCGGCGGGUUGCUCGGCGGGGUGUUCGGGUCUGGGCGGCUGUACGUGUCUGGCGGGGCAGAGCACCAGGGCCCAGCCGGUGGGGGUCCGGUCUGCGUCAUCUACGAGGUGGUAGCGGCUUGACCCCUGAUUGGCACUGCCCAGAUGAGCGGCCAGACGUCGCGCAUUCCUCAUAGCUGCGCACGCAGUGAAGUACGCCAGGUUCGUGCGGCUUCUCCGCGGCGGCAGCGCUGGCGCGGGCGUUCGAGCCUCGGGUUCAAGACCGAGCAGUUGACGCGACUGCACCACCGCGCCCAUGACCGUAUUCUUCUGCCUGCUGGGCCUCCUCCUCCUCGCGCGUGUGGCUCCAAAGAGUGCGCGCGCACUUGGCGCCUCCUCUUCCUCCUCCUCCUCCUCCUCCUCCUCCUCGCGCGUGUGGCC